AUGAUAACUUGUGUCACACUUCAGGACCAGGGAGGCCAACAGACGGAGGAGACGCUUGUCCCUCUCUCUCUCGAGCAGCUCGAGAAGCUGCAGAAGCAGCACCUGCGCCGUGCCACGGAGAUUGGCCAACUCGACGACGCCCAGUCAGCAGACUCAGACUGUGUCGAUGAAGACCUUAAUGUUGUUUGACUGUGGUUUGGUCGUCUUCAGGGUGCUGCUCAAGCUGCGGGGCCGCCCAGAGGGGGUCCAGAGGGCGACAGACGUACUGGAUCUGCUGCUGCUCGUAGGGCUACAAGACGCCAAGAAAGCAUGCUCACGCUCUGGAUGUCUCCUCUUUGUGUGUGGGUUGUUCGUUUGACUUCUGCUCAGGACCUUGCCCUCGUCACGUUGGACCCGCCGGUCAGUUUGUCCGCAUAUUGUGUGUGAAGGCAUCCAUAUGAUACAUCCUGCUGUAUUUGUGUGUUGCAGAGGACACUGGACUUUGUGGCAAGCGAGGGGGGUGCACCGGGGACGGCUGCCCUGAACAUCACCAAUGUCUCCGCCGGCUAUCUGGCCUACAAGCUGAAGGCCACCGCUCCCAAGACGUAUGCCAACACAGAUGCACAGGCAACUAUUCAUAAGAAGUUUGCAUGCAUGGAGGUGUGUGUGUGAUGUAGGUACACCGUGCAGCCGAGGUCGGGAAUCAUCGCCGCUGGGGGCCACGCCAAGGUGCAGAUCACCUUGAAUCCCGACGCCGCCAGUGAGCCAACACAUACCACUCACAUACCACAACCACCACACACAUAUCCGUCCCUUUGUGUGUCUGUCCGUUGUGUUGUGUGUGUCUGGAUGCAUUGCUGAUGUAGGUGGACCCAACGACAGAUUGCUGGUGCAGGUCACCCCCCCCAGCAGCAGCCAGACCCCCGCCUACGACGACUGGCCCACCAUCCCCCGGGAGGUGAUCCAAGACCACCAUCUCCAUGUCGCCGUCCUGAGACCGCCGCCAUGCAGCCGCCGCCACCACCCGCCGAGGACACGUAUGCAUAUAGGUUGGGUGUUGAGAGUCUGGUGGUUGCCUGUAUGCUCACAUAGGUGUCCUCUCGUUGUCUGUAUUCCAUAUACAGCUUCUGGAGCUGGCUGGGGAAGUUGUGCUGCUGCGGACCGAGAAUGAAGCCGGUAUGCAAGAUGCAUGAUGAUUGUAUGGAUGCUGUCUUGGAUGCACGUCUAUCUCUAUCUCUCUCUCUCUCUCUCUGUGUGUGUGUGUGUGUGCAUUUACAUAUGUAUAUUUGUAUGUCCAGCGCACGCCAGCCCACACCAGCCCACUUACGAGACAGCAGAGCGGCGCAGACAUGGAGAUGAUGAAGAGUGCCCUGAAGGACAACUUGGGGUGCGAAGAUUGCUGCUUACAUUUUAUAUCGGAGAGUCUCUUUGUCGAGCUAUACAAGCGUCGCCGAGAGCUGUCUGCUGCUCUGCUCGUUGCUAAGUAUGUGCUGAACACAUACGAGACUCAUAGAGUCAGCGCCUUCUGGUCCAUGCCGCACGCGGUGAGAGUCAAGCACACUGGUCGGAGGCAAAAGACUGAAGCGAUAAAAGCACUUUCUUGUCUCAUGACAUUCCCUGUCAGGGGAUGCGGCUGCCUCGGUGAGUGGGGCGGUGUCACUCUAUCGGCGCUACGUUCUUUCAUAUGUAUGAAGUGUCUCUGAGGAUCACGGGGCUUCGUGGAUCAUGCAAAGGGACAUGGACGACAGCCUCGACUUUCUCGAUGGUGAGGUGCGGGAUACACGGGAAAAAGGGGAAGAGAAAUCCUGUGUCUCUUAGGCCUAGUGGUGGGUCUCAACGCGUACCUGUGGCGAGGACCAGAGGCGGAAAAUCUAACAUCUUAAAGAAGGGCGCACUAUGAUACAUCUCUGUGACUUUGUUUGUGUUGUCCUGUGUGUCGUCCUCCAGAAGACAAAAGUCUUUCCAUUCAGAAAGAGUUUGCAUGCAUGGACGCAUGUGUGUGUGAUGUAGUUACACCGUGCGGCCGAGGUCGGGCAUCAUCGCCCCUCGGGGCCACGCCAAGGUGGAGAUCAUCUUGAACCCCGACGCCGCCAGUGAGCCAACACAUACCACUCACAUACCACAACCACCACACGCAUAUUCGUUCCUUUGUGUGUCUGUUCGUUGUGUUGUGUGUUUCUGAAUGCAUUGCUGAUGUAGGUGGACUCCCGAUCAACGACCGAUUCCUGGUGCAGGUCACUCCCGCCAGCAGCAGCCAGACCCCCGCCUACGAGGAGUGGCCCACCAUUCCCCGAGAGGUGAUUCAGGACCACCAUCUCAAUGUCGCCUUCGAGGAGACCCCCAGCCCCUCAGGAGGCUACCACCACAGACAGCCGCCAAGAGGUUGGGCCUUGAGAGUCUGGUGGUCACCUGUAUGCUCACAAGCGGUGUCCUCUGGUUAUCUGUAUUCCACACACAGUUUAUGGAGUUUAGUGGAGUUGGUUGGGAAACUCUUUCUGCUGCGGGCCGAGAAAGCUUUAGCCGGUAUGCAAGAUGGACACAUGCAUGUGAUGUCUCUCUCUCUCUAUCUCUCUCUAUGACCAUUGUAUUACACUUCAGGACGAGGGAGGCCAAGCGACGGAGGAGAGGCUCAUCCCCCUCUCUUUCCAGCAGCUGCAGAAGCAGCACCUGGGCCGGACGGAGAUCGGGCAACUCGACGACGCCCAGUCAGCAGACUCAGACUGCCUCGAUGAACACCUUAAUGUUGUUUGGCUGUGCUUUGGCUGUGUUCAGGGUGCUGUUGAAGCUGCGAGGCCGCCCAGAGGGGAUUCAGACGGCGAAAGCCGUCCUGGAUUUGAUGCUGGUAGGGCUACAAGACGGCAAGAAAGCAUGCUCACGCUCUGGAUGUCUCCUCUUUGUGUGUGGGUUGUUCGUUCGUUUGACUUUUGGUCAGGACCGCGCCUUUGACACCAUCAGCCCUCCGGUCAGUCCGUCCGCAUACUCUUCGUGUGUGAAGAGGGCAUCCAUAUGAUACAUCUGUGCGUUAUCCUCGCGCAGAAGACGAUCGAGUUCCCGACGAGCCGUGUGGCGGUGUUGAAGCUGACGAACGUGUCUGUCGGCUACCUGGCAUACAAGAUCAAGACGACUGCCCCACGCAGGUACGCACACACGCACACACAACCAUGCAAGGCAACAGCGGUGUGGUGGAUGCAGUGCAGUGCACGUGGUUGGUGUGGUGGAUGCAGUGCAGUGCAGUGCACACGUGGUGUGUGUCAUUCAUGCAGCUACCUGGUGCGGCCGAGCUCGGGUGUCAUCAGCCCCCGGGGCGAUGCCAUCGUCGAGAUCAUCAUGCAACCCAAGGCCACAGGUGAGCACACACACACACCACUCACAUACACCACAACCAGCACACGCGUAUGUGCCCCUUUGUGCGUCUGUCCGUUGUGCAGCUGAGGGCGGUCUCCCCACCAACGACCGGUUUCUGGUCCAGGUGACCCCCACGACGAGCAGCCAGACGCCUGCCCGCGACCUGUGCUCCACCACCGCCAAGGAGCACAUCCAGGACCACCGACUCAAUGUCGUCGUCAAGGACACAGCCGGCACCUCAAGGGAGGCCACGCCAAGCGCCAUGCAGCCGCCGCAGCCCACCGAGCAGCCGCCGCAGCCAACCGAGACGACUAGCACGUUGGCUCUUGAAAGUCUGGUGGUUGCCUGUAUGCUCACAUGAGGUGUCCUCUGGUUAUCUGUAUUCCAUAUGCAGCUUCUGGAGCUGGCUCGGACGAUUCUGCUGCUGCGGACCACGAAAACCAGAGCCGGUAUGCAAGAUGCAUGAUGGUGUGGAUGCAUCUCUCUCUCUAUGCAUGUGGACACAUACAUCUGUAUGCACAGCGCGCACCGGCCCACAACAGCCCAAUCGGAGAAGACGCAGCGGACGCGGCCACGGAGACACACCUCCUUUCGUCACGGCAGAGACAUGCGGACCACGAGAUGAUUCAGCGUGCGUUGAAGAACAACCUGGUAGUCAGCAGCCUGCACGAGAGCGGUUGCGGUCACGGAGACACAUCUGUUUUCGCGACGGCAGAGAGUUGCAGAGUGCAGGUGGGGGCGGUGUGUCUCUAUUUAUGUGUGUGUGUGUCCCAGGGCCUCGGCCAAUGUUAUCGUUGCCUGCAUUUUAUAUUCGACAUGUCCGUGUCGUCUCAUAUCUGACCAGUGCACUCUGCUCAUUCAUCGAUCAAAGACUAAUAUUAAUGCUUGCC